AGGCGAGGGCUGCUUUGGGUAGUUUUCACAGGCUGGGCUCUGGGGCUGCGAGUCGCUGUGUGCUUGGAGGGCGGCGAUGACGACGGGAGGCCCGAAGGAGUGGGGGAUCGAAGCGUAUGUGGCUGCAACACCAACCGGGCAAACGGUGGGAAAGCAGCUGCGCAGAAAUAUUCGAUGGAGGCGAAUGCUUCCCCGCAGGCAAACGACGGCCUGGAGAGCACGCAGUCGAAAGAUGAGGGCAGGCAGAUGGCGUCUAUUCCAGCUGGAUUAUUUACAAUGGGAACUGAUGAGCCAGCUAUACGACAAGAUGGAGAAUGGCCUGCAAGGAAAGUCCAUAUUGACCAUUUCUUUAUGGAUCGCUAUGAAGUCAGCAAUGCAGAAUACGAGAAGUUUGUGAAUGCCACUGGCUAUCUCACAGAGGCAGAAAGAUUCGGAGAUUCCUUUGUAUUUGAAGGCAUGUUGAGUGAACAAGUGAAGAGUGAAAUUCAUCAGUCUGUUGCACUUGCUCCUUGGUGGUUGCCUGUUAAAGGAGCUAACUGGAAGCACCCUGAGGGUCCUGAUUCUGAUAUCUCAAACAGAAUGGAUCAUCCAGUUCUUCAUGUUUCUUGGAAUGAUGCUGUAGCAUUUUGCACGUGGGCAGGAAAACGGCUACCAACGGAGGCUGAAUGGGAAUAUAGCUGUCGAGGGGGCCUUGAGAAUAGACUUUUCCCCUGGGGAAACAAGCUUCAUCCAAGCGGUCAGCACUAUGCUAAUAUCUGGCAGGGAGAAUUCCCUACGAGCAAUAGUGGGGAAGAUGGAUACAAAGGAACUGCACCUGUAAUGGCAUUUCCUCCAAAUGGUUAUGGCUUGUACAAUAUUGUGGGAAAUGCCUGGGAAUGGACAUCAGAUUGGUGGGAUGUUCGUCAUUCUGCAGAUGAAAAAUACAACCCAAAAGGACCCCCAACAGGGACUGACCGAGUGAAGAAAGGUGGAUCCUACAUGUGCCAUAAGUCCUAUUGCUAUAGGUAUCGAUGUGCAGCCCGAAGCCAAAACACACCUGACAGCUCAGCCUCAAACCUAGGAUUUCGCUGUGCUGCUGACAGUCUGCCCGACUACUUAAAGUGAGGAGCCUGACAGCUCUGGAGGAAUGAGCUCUCACCAAGGGUUUAAGGACGAGAAUGUGGUUCAGACAAAUACUGCAUCGUACCAAAAUAGAUGAAAAUAGAUGAACAUUUCGGCUAACAGUUUUCUUUUUGAAUAAACUGUGUGUGAAGAAAAUAGGCUAGAUUUCCAUUUCAUUUUUGUAUGUGGAAAUCUAACAUUAAUAUUUGGGGUAGUACAUUGUUCUAUAUUUAAGUCGAGAACAGCAGGAUCAUGGUCCAUUUAAUGGUUUGUUUGGGGGUUUUUUUUAAUAAAGGGAAAUUUAUUUCGAGGCCAUUGCCCUCAAGUGCUAUAUGUAUUGCAGAAGCAAUUAGGAAAGAAAACACUGGGAUAUUUCUUUUAAUUAAAAAUUGGCAUUAUAAGUAUAUGGAAAACUUAUGAAGAAAAACAUAACGUUCAUCCUGAACCAGAGAGUGUUCAAGUCCCACUGAAAUCAGUGAAGCUAUGACUACCAGGUUGAUUUCAGUGGGCCUUAAUUGCAAUUAAUUUUCUCUGGCUUGAUUUUAAUGUGUAGCCUCCUCCUACUUAAGAUUUUAAGAUUGUUAUCAAAUGCAGACUACAUGGCUUGAACAUCAACCCCUCCCCCCACCCACUUUUUAAAAUUUUGUUUACUAUUUUCUCUGAUGAAGAAUUGCAUAGUAUUUUGCAACCUUUUAACAGCCUGGUAAAGGUUCUAUGGAAUUAUAGAUUUUGGAAAUUUUCUUUUGGCCAACAUGUACCUUACAUUUUUGUGUGACCUGGAGAUCGACAAAUUUAACCAUUCAGCAGCAUGUUUCAACACUAGAAGAUGAUCAUAUACUACAUAAUGCUGGGACUUUAUUCUCUGAGGGUACAUCCCCUCCAACAACUAAGUAAAGCUACCCAAUUUGGCUUCCAUUGACUUUUAUUACUUGGUACGCCUUUUAAAAUUAUCCUCAGGUUUGUUAAUAUAUUAUUUAAAUUUUAAAAACUAUUUUCUUUCUACUUCUGUUUUCUGCCUUCCAAGGAAACUGCCCUACUUUGUACAUAAUAUGGGUUGUUGAAUUCUGGUUUGUGAUGUAUGAAUGCAGCUAUGCGAACAAACAAUGGUUUGUUAAUGCUGAAAGAGAACUCGUGGGUUGUUGGGUUGUGAAGUCUGGGUUAUUUAAAUCAUGGGUUGUCAGUAUGUGCAAACCCAGAACUGUGGGUUAUUCAUGGAUUGUUUCACCAGGCUAAAGAGGUGGUGGGCAAGAGUGGUAAAAAUAGCCCAGCUACUCUGCAUGCCAGUACUAUAGCACCACAAAGGCAUUUGGCAUGUAAGGAGGGAACGGAUGAAGAAGGAAGGAAGGAAACAACUCAGGAACUGAGAAUGCAAACAAUAGUUUGUUCUAUUGUUUCGGUAGGACAAGAAAUCAUAGGUUAAAUAAACUAUUGAAUAGCAUUAUGUGUUUCAACCAAGGAUUGAGACGUUUUUGAGUAACAGCUGGAUUUUAUGUUUUUAAAAAUGGGGUUUCAACAAUUAUUAGUUUCUUCUUCCCAGAAUCCCUUGAAACCAUCUCUGUACCUGGGCCAAAUGACUGUAGCUUUCUCCUCCCACCUCCCAUCUUAAUACUGUAACCAAAUGCAGACUCUAUAGUUUGAAUUUCAGCUACACCCCCCACCCCCACACAGGGGUGUGCCUGAUGAAAAGUUCUGGAAAAUUUGAAAAUGUGCACAGCAUUUUGUGACCAUUGAGUUGUCUUAAUUAAAGGUAUUACUGUGAUAGGAUUUUUGAAAUUUUCUUUUGGAUUUUGUUUUUAUCCAACACAGCUACCUUUGUUUUUAAAAAAUAAAUAGUACUUGGCCUCUGAAAUUUACUCUUAGUAUCAGUAAAGCAGCAGUCCUAGCAGCAAAUUGGUGGUGAAUUCCGUGGUCACUGCAGUAGCCUUGGUGUGUGUUUGUGUCAUGGGCAGCUGUGCAAACCGCUUACCAUAGGUUGUGCACCCCAAUCUAGAGGAAUCUUCUAUCAAAUAGUCCCCCCUCCCUGUUAAACAAAAGUGCUCUUAAACUUUUGUAGAGCACUCUUCAAUUACAUAUGCUAAUGAUUUUCCUUUAGCAGCAGAGGAAAAAAAAUCUCUUCAGUCAGUGGCUCUCUGCAUAAUUUUAAAUCAAAGAUAAAUAUAUUUGUUUGUGAAAUUAUGAAAAUAAGCUGUAGGACCUGCCAAUAUUGUGAAAUGAGCUGAAUAUGCUAAUCUCAGAGAUCUAGAUAUUUGGUGAGGUCAGGUCUUACCUUUGAUGCCUUAAGGAAAAUUCUACUCAAGGGGUUUGAGAAACAGGGCUGAGUGUUAAUUUGAGAAACUUAUAAUGUACCAGAUUGCCUCUUGACAGAUGCACACAGACUGUGAUGAAAAUGGAUCACAUGGGGUUUGUGUGUGUGGGGGAGCUUCUGUAAUGUUUUGCAGAUACUCCUAACAUUCAGUAAUAAACGUAAAUGAAAUGUUUUUACAGUAUUCCUUCCUCAUGUAUCACUUAAAACCUUCUAAUCAUAUGAA